CUCAUCCGAUCUCGAUUCCAAUUCCGGGAGAUUGUUUGAUGUAUAACAGGGACUCGGCUGCAUCUGAUCUUGGUUUGGAAGAUUCCUGAACCGUGCUGCGAGUGAAUGGCUCUCGAGUUUCGUCAUCUUCUCACAACCGCUGUCGUGCUCUUUUUACUGCGGCCGGUCGCUACAGCGUAGACUGGUGAUAAAUAUCAUAGCGUGCACCGGAGCCAGAAUACGCCAAAGACAUAUCUGCGUGUGAGGAACAAAGUUCACAUCUAAGACGUUGCAUCACGAGACCAGAGAAGCAUGAGCGGCGUGACGAUGCGCGCCUGGCAAUACUCCACGCGCAACAAGCCAUUUGAAGCCAAUCUGGUUCUAAACAGCAUCCCAAUACUCAAGGCACCCGCGUCCUCUACGUCGUUGAAAGACCGCUGCAUACUGGUCAAGGUGCACGCCGCCUCCAUCAACCCGGCCGACUACAAAGUGCCAACCACGCCUAUCUUGGGCUACUGGAUCAACUCAAAACCGGCAACACCAGGCCUAGACUACUCAGGUGUCAUCGAGGAGAUUCCCAACGGCGUGAAGACGGACCUAAAAGUUGGAGACAGAGUGAUUGGCAGACUAGAUUGGAUGUAUCAGCAUGGCUCCUUAGCGGAGUAUGUGCUUGGUCAGCCGAAUGGGAUGGUGAGGCUCCCGGAAAAUGUAUCGUUUGAGCAGGGCGCUGCCAUUGGAACCGCCGGUCUUUCUGCUCUACAGCCUAUGCAGCCAUAUGUCAAACCUGGGUACAAUGUCUUCAUCAACGGCGGCUCUGGAGGUGUGGGUUCCUUCGCCACGCAGAUUGCUAAGCUGCUCGGUGCUGGGCAGGUGACGGUGACGUGCGGUCCCGCAAACGUGGGAAGAAUGAAAGCCCUGGGUGCGGAUGAGGUCCUCAACUACCGGGAGACGGACAUAAUGAGCAGCUUGAGGACGAUGGCCAAGGAUCAGGGACGCAUGUACGACCUGAUUAUUGAGAAUGUCGGUAACAAUGACAAAUUGUUCGAAGAGUCUCAUCACUUCCUCAAGCCCAGCGGACGCUUCAUCCAAGUUGCGGGUACGGACCUUGCAUUGGUGAUCAGGCGCGCGGUUCUUCCCCGCUUCCUAGGCGGCGGGAGAAGAAAGUACGGGUUUUAUCUCACGAGCAAUGAUAACACAGAUCUUAGAAGGAUCGUAACGUGGGUGGCCGAAGGAAAGUUAAAAGUAGAGAUCGAUGAAGUGUUCGCUUUCGAAGACGCGAAAGCGGCAUACAAAAAAUUGAGCAGUGGCAGGGCUCAGGGAAAGAUUGUUAUCAAAGUCUGCUGAUAUUACUUCCUUUUUGCUGAAACACUUGUAAAUAAAGUCACUAAUUCGGCAUCGAUAUUCGCUAAGAUCCUAAAAGCGAUGUAUUUAAUUUCUUUCAAAUAGUUGCAGCUGCAAACUAUAACAUGCAUAUCAAAUUUGCCUGACAAUGGCACAUGACGAAAAUAAUA